UCCACUUUGUCAUAAAAAUUAGAGGUGGGAACGCUGGAAGACGUUUUUCUGCGCAUACUCGCCUAACCCAAAGUAAAAAAGUCCACGAAUUCAUUUGCCUCGCUUCUCCAUCUUUCUCCAUCUCUUUCUUUUUAACAUCUUUUUCACUAUCUUCAGUAUUGGCUUUGUUCGAUCUAUGCUGAUUGAAUUCAUAUUCUCCAAUUUUUCCCAAAACAUCAAUUUGAAUAGCAGAGGCAAAACCUCUGCUGGCGAUAAUUAAGAUGAGAGGAGUGUCAUUGUGGAAAAAAAUCCAGAGGGAGGAACUGAAGACUGGGGAUCACAUCUACGCAUUAAGGGGAGCCGAUACAAAAGUCCAUCACGGGACAUAUGCCAAUGAUACAAAUGUGAUCCACUUCUGUAGAGGAGCAUGCUCAGAUAAUACAUGUCCAACAUGUAGUGACUUUUAUCGGGUAACCUCUUCCUGCUUGGAUUGCUUUCUAUAUGGUGGAGAUCUCUAUCGCUUCGAAUAUGGUGUUACGCCAGCUAACUUCGUAGCCAAAUUUGGAAGAGGAUGUACCCUGGCCUCUAAAGAUAAAGCUGAAGAUGUCAUAGACCGCGCAUCUUUCUUCCUUGAAUAUGGCUCUCCGGCCCACCACCGUUACAUAAACAACGGGGAAGACUUUGGAAUAUAUUGCAAAACAGGGUUGCUAGUGGUUGAUAUGAUUAAUUUCAGUAAGACUUGGCAAAUAGCAUAUUUCUUGGCUCUUACUGCUGCUUUGUUUCUUUCUUUACAGCAACUCAUGCUUGUUAGUUUUACUGGUCUGGCAGCUAGAUUUCUUGGACUAUGCUGUGUUUGCAUAUUUGCUUCUGAUAUUGAGCUCGCCCCAAUGUUACUAAACUCAAUAAAGUACACAGAUUGAAGUUGAUUAGAUAUUGGAUUAUGGUGGUUCGGGCUUCCAACUUAUGGAAAGAUAUAUUGAUAUGUUUAUAUCA